AUAUGGAUUGUUACGAAGACAUGUUUAAGGAAAUCACGAGGAAACUAUACGGAGAAGAAGGGUUGCCGGACACGAACGGGGAAGGGUGUACGGGGGGAGGAAGUAGUAAUAGUGGAGGUGGGAGUGAGGGCGGAAUAGCGACAAGCAUGCGCGCAGCGGCCGCGGCCGCCGCCGUUGCAGCAGCAGGCGUAGGUGUGAUGCCAGACUAUGAAGGGGAGGGUAAUGGUGGUGGGUUCAAACCCGACGAUGGGCAUCAUUCACAUGGUGGUGCUUUAACGGCUUUCGGACUGGCGGCAUUAAUGCAGAACGGUUUCCCCCCGCCUCCGGGGAUGUUGAGUGCACAUCAUUUUCAAGAGGCAAAGUACAGAGGCGGGUCUGCGGGAGUUGGCGGGGGUGGACAUCACCAUCAACAUAACACCACCACCGCUGGCAACAGUAAUACGGUGGCCACGGCAGAGGACAAGUGGGUUCCCAGCGAAGAAGUGCUUCAGUGGACCAGCUCCAAGAUUGCUAGCUACAACCCGGCCCAGAAACUGUUUCGCUGCUCCGAAUGUGAAUGUGUGGGUUUCCUAUCCCGCGUGGCUGAGCACUGGCUUGGAACCCACGCCAACCUGCGGGUGUUUCAGUGUCCUCAGUGCCCGUAUUCGAGUGCCUGGGCGCGCUGCGUGAGAAUGCACCUCACUCGCCAGCACAACGUCACGGAGGCACCCGGGGACGGCGUGGCUACCUUGUAUAAAGAAAACCCCGUCCUAGAAGAAGUUACAAAAUAUUUACAGAGGCUGAAGACAAAAGUGGAGACGGCACCUCUGCCAGCCAAUAGCAGUAGUGGGGGAAACAACCAGAAACAUCAGCAAGAUUUCCAUCAUCAGCCUCCGAGUGGUGGUAGGACCAACACCUCGACCGACAAUCAGAGUACAAAGCGUUACUGCUGCACGUACUGCCCGUACGCCACCGAUCGGCGUGACCUCUUCACGCGCCACGAGAACAUCCACCGCGAGGAGAAACCUUUCCAGUGUUAUGUGUGCCAGAAACAGUUCAACCGCGCAGACCACGUCAAGAAACACUUCCUACGCAUGCACCGAGAUUACCCAUACGAUCUCAACCGCAUACGACGCCAACCACCUAAGAACGCCAGCGGCAUGUCUUACUAUCACAAAUAUAAUAACAACUCGACUACACCCGGGACCAACAACACGCAUCGUCAGCAAGACAACCAAAACAACCACCAAGCAAUAAUGACACCGCCGAUCCACCAAGUUCACCACCACCAUAAUCUCAACAUCCCCGGAGGAUUCUCCUCGAUUGGCCUGAGAACUGGUACGAAUCCUCCACCGAUCAGUAAACUCAAAACACAGCCACCUCCCCCACAGCCACAGCAGCACAAUCACAACGGCUGCAACGCCAAGUCUCACGGAAGCAAGACGAAGAAGAAGGGUGAAAAGCGUUAUUCGUGCUGUUAUUGUGCGUGGUCUGGUGUUGAUAACUGGUGCCUGAAGCGUCACCUCAAUACGCAUCUGAAACCAUUCGUAUGUGUUCUGUGCGACUACAAGGCGGCUCGCUCUGAACGACUCGCAACCCACGUACUCAAAGUGCACAACAAAAGGGCAUGUGGCCGGUGUUCCUUCCUAGCAGAUGACCAAGCUCAGCUCAGCGUUCAUCUCCAAGAGCACCAUCCGUUGGAACAUAGAAACAAUCGUUCUUCCAACAACGUCCUUCGAAAUGUUGGCUUCACAAGCCAUCCACCACCAAUGCCUGGCUCCUUUGGGAACCAGAAUGUUGGCUCCACCAACAAUGGCCACAGCCUGGUAAAACGCGAGCAUUUCGAGCUGGAGGCAGUCACAGCUAGUGCUGUGCUGCAACAACAUGGUCGUCUGGUGCCUCCUCCUAUUCUACAUGGCCACCAGAUCUCUGGAGAUGAGCAGUACAUGCGGGCAGCGAAGCAACACUAUGGUGCUGCACGGCUCUUCCACUACAUGGAGGCCUCGGACACAUCUGAUCCUGAGGAGAAUGGGACCGACUACCCAGAGGAGGAAGAAGAGGAGCCACCUCCAUUCAUCUGCCGUGAGUGUGGCUGUGAAUUUGUGGACGAUACCUCGCUCGAGACACACAACUACACACAUCACCAUACCAAACGCCUAUUACCUGCGGUGGAGACUACCAGCAGUAGCAAUAAGCCCCUGCCGUACCAGUGUAGUGUCUGCGGGUGCAGCUUGGCAUCGCAAAUGGCCAUAAUGGAACAUAUGCGUACCCACACGGGACUUCUGGUCCACUGCCGUGCAGAAAGCUGUGACUUCUCAACGCCUCUAGGCGCUGAUGCCCUGCGACAACACGUCGCGACGCUGCACCGGGACGAAGGUGGCUGCUGUAUAGCUCGAUGUCCCCACUGUGGGUUGGCGUUCGGUAAGGGAGAUGCGGUCGAACGCCACCAAGGGCAGCAUCAUGAUGCACUGGAUAAGUGUACCUUGUGCGACGCAAUCUUCAGGAAACAUUUUGCCAGAACGGUAAAAGACAGUGUGAAAAACAAUGUAUGCAAUAACAGGAGAUGCAGUAAUAGUGGAUUGAUUGAUUCAAAUAUGAACCAUUCUACCUUGCUUCAGAGGGCAGAAGACCACAGCAGUCGUGAUGGAACUGCGGGAUCGAAACGUUCCAGAAAACAGAGCCAACCAAGGAGAGUUGUUCCAGAUGUUCUUGAUUCGGAGGCGGAGAUCCAAGUCUUGCGCCACCCGGGGUUCCUCAGGAGCCGAUUACCAAAGAGAAAAUGUUGGACCAGUACUGCAGAAAUGUCACAACUCAGGGACAAAUAUGUCGAACUGCUUCUGGCACGGAAAGGUCUGAGGUGCAAUUGGUGUCGGCAGGAAAUGUCCACAUUUCCUUACCACACUGCAGCCAGUUUGGCAUCCCACCAGCUAUGGCGACACACCAGGACUAAGUUUCAGUGCGAACAUUGUGAGCAAUCUUAUCGACAUCGCUACCAGGUGGUGCUCCAUGCUAGCCGGGAACACAUCACCAUUAAACCAUCUUCAUCCACGAGGUCAUCACCACAGCCACAAUCGGCAUCAUCCGAACCAGUAACAGUGCCUGAACCUUCUUCAAAGGAAUCAAUACUUUCACCUGUACCUGUACCAACAGAAUCUUCAUUUUCAAGCAUCAAUGUACCUGAUUUAUUAGAAAACCCUAACACACCUGUACAUACAUCCCCCAUCAGACAACCUGAACCCUCUCGUUUGGAUGACUCAUCCAUGCUGAACACACCUCUGGCUGAACCAGUGCCUCUCAAAUCCUCCUCCUCACCAUCAUGAAACAUAUUCACACCAUAGUAGCAUUUACAGUCUUCAAACACAUUCUUUCUAUUGAUAUGUAAUCUGUGUGUAUAAUAAUGCUUUCUUGAGCAUUGUAAUGUGUGUCAUUCAUAAUAGAUAAGUAGAUUUUCCAAUAUUAAAUAUAUUUGCAACAAUCCAGAGAAUUUGCGCCCAUAUUCUAUUAGUUGACACUUUAUCAGUACUUAAUGUGUAUUUUAAAAAGAACAGCUGCAGAGAUAAGUGCACGGUGGAUUCACUUAUGUGAAACAAAAAACAGAGCCUAAGUUAUGCAAGCAAUAACUGCCUGUGGGUAAGACUUCUUUCAUUUUUAUCAUUCAACAUUCUAAUAUGAAUACGGGUUGAUAAAUUAUCAUGCCUGUGACCACUUAAAGGGUAAGAAUAUCAAGGUAGCAUCAGCAACUGUGAACAAGGAAUCUUGUGGUAUUAUCAGCUGAUGUGAUGGCAUAGUCCAGAUUUCAUCCACAGCAAAAAAAAUUGUUCAAUACAAGACAGAAAUAUAGCAAAAGCGUAAUUUAAAAUAAUUUUAUAAUAUUAUGGUUACUGAACUUUCUCCAUCUAGUAUUCUGAACAGAAAAACUGGAUGUUCCCAUCCUCCAUUAAACAGAGGUAAUAUCAAACAAUUGACUGGACUAUUGAACUGAGAAUGGUAAGACAUCCAGUUUCCAAAACACUGUGUUCUGUUCAGAAUGCUGGACAAAGCCCAGAAAUCCAGUAAUAUUAAUUGUAAUAUACAAUCAUCAGAAUCCUUCAGAACUAAUCUGAAUACAAGUUACAAAGCCAUUAAGACGCACCCAAGGAGAGGAUUGCAGACAAAAUUAUAAAAUGUGGAGUGUAAUCUUUGAGGUUGUGAACACAUGUAAUCUUGCAGAUGAUUACCAAUAUCACAAAGAAAGAUAUCACCUCCAUCUUCAGAGUAGAAGAUGAUUACUGAAAAUGGAAAUGAUAUGCCAUUCAAAAAUGUUGGUUACCUUCUACAAGACUACUUGGUAUCAGAACUCAGGUCAAAAUCUACAUUCUUACAACACUAGAAAUUUCAGGAACAAUCAGUGCAGAAAACAAUGUUAAAUUUUCCUUGCACCAUUCUAAAUCUGAAGCACAUUCAAAAAGAAAUAUUCAAUGCCUAUAUUAAAAUUUAAAAAAGUCGAGCUAAUGACUACAUCACAUGCAAUCAAUUCUUGUUAAAAUUUUAGAUUCACUUUAAUUCCCAAUUCAAGUGCAUGGUAUGUAACUACAACCGCUAAUAAUGGAAUUGCCUAGCAGUAAUGUUGAAAGGAACUACAUUCUGUAUUCCCAUUUGAAGUCUGUAAACAAUUAAUACUGUGACAGUUCUAUUCCAGUUUACUGAGAGUCUACCUCUUGAAAAACACAUACAGCACAUAACCAGUGGUCUCUUUCUGGCUCCUGCAUUGCAUUAACUGUCGGACCGAAGAACUUAUCAAGAUCUCUCAUUCAGAUUAUGCAUUGCUCUUAUUUAAUCUUGAAACUACAUUGUUUACUAUUGAAAUCUUUGAGAAGGAGCAAGGUAGAGUCUAAUUUCACAGCAGAAUUGUCUGUGUCCCAAGAAAGGUGAGUUUCCAUACUUAGAGUCCCAGGCAUUCAGAUUCUGUGUUAACACAGUGACAGUUCAAUAGGUUUCAAUUUUACUAUAAUCAAUGUAAAUGCCUUUCUACUAUAAGAUCACUUUGUACAACAAGGGAUAUUGAAAGGGAUGGUAAAUCCACUUUUUUAAUGGAGAAUUCUGUAACUGAACAGGUUUUUGUUAACUUUAAAAUGCACUUUAUAUUGAAACAUAUUGAUGAGACAAAAUUUGGUUUGUACUGGAUAUUUUUACUAUGGUUUUCCUAGAAACUCUGUUACUUAAAAUCAUGUAUAUUCAAUAGUCUUGUAAGAUACAGGGACUUCAGUGAUAAUAUAAUGGUAUUUACAUCAUAUUAACCUCUUGAACUGAAGCUCAUCUGAGUAAUAUUUAAGAACUCAGUCCAUACCUCAAAGAAAGCACAACAUUUCACACUAACAAAUAUUAACUGGUCAAUACUGUUUAAGGGAAUUGCAGCUGUAUACACCAAGAACCACACAAAACUCAUAAAUAAUAAAAUAUAGCAUUACUGAUUUGUAAAGCAGAUGGUACACAUAGUCACCAUGAGACUUUAAAGGGUUAAAGGCAUAAUACCUUCAAGUGACAUGGAUGAGUGUGUACAGUCGUUUUUUAUCAUCUCUUAAUGUAAAUCUGAAAUACAUCUGUGUCAUAUUGUUUUAGACUGUUCUUCCAUCAUGAUGGCAGUCACCAUUACUUGGUAGUAGAAUGUGAGAUGACAAAUGCCCCAUACCUAUUUUACUUAUGUAUCUGUUCACAAUAAACAGACAACACAAACAGUGGCAGAAAAAGUUUAAAAAAUUUCCAUUUAACAUUUAAUGACAAAGGGUAUUGUAUAUCAUACCAACUUUUUAGAAUCUGAUUGACUUAAGUUCCAAACUCUGCAUAUAAAUUAUUACUUAAUGGAUUCCACUUUCGUUACACAUAUUAAUAUUCAUCAUUAAUUUCUGUGCAAAGAGUGAGUCUGUAAUUUGGUGAGAUAUAGGAAUGGGGUCAGUAUUAUGUAAAUAUAACUUAAGUUUCAAAAUUUCACAUGUAAUCUUACACAAUGAUACAUUUGUUUUAAAAGAGUGAAAAACUGCUGACCUGACAGUAUGUAACUUAAAUCUUCUGCAAACUAAAAAGCUUCUCUACCAGCUAAGGUACAAAUGAUCUGUUAUGGUAAAUAAUUUAGUUGGUAUAUUACUGAUGCAGUAGACAGAAGAUGUGGGUUCAAAGUUCACCAAGGUGGCAGUCUUUUCACCCAGUUUAAAAUUAUAAUAGGGUGUAUAAUUGUUAUCUUACCAGACCAGUGUUCCCGAAGUCUCAGAAGAAUGCCAUUGAAUUUUGUUGAUGGAAAGAAAUGUGUACUGAAAGAAAAAAAGAUGUUCAACAUUAUGUAUAGUAUUAUUAAUUAAUUGUAACAAAUUAUUUCUAAAAUUGCUUUGUUUUUAUUUCCACUUAAGAAUGAUAUGGGAAUAAACUCUACUGACAAAAGAUACAAGUGUGCACAGCAUGUGGCAGACCUGCUACUCUGGGGUCAUUACAUUUUGUAAACAAAAGUUUAGGACAUUGAAUAUGUACAAAAAAAGUGUUGUUUCAUAUUCAUUCAGUAUAAAGUAAAAACAAAUCAUGCGGAUUGGUACUGUUAUUGACUGACAUGUCUGCUAAAUUAAUUGUAAACACUGUUACUGUGUUACACCAUCAAUAAAAUGUUUGAAGGGUUUUUUGAGAAAGUCUAAAUAAAGGUUAAAAAUUUAUCAUA